AUGGCCGAUUUCGUCGAUCCCCGGAUGUCCAGCAUCAAGCCCCGCAUCCGCUACAACACUAUCGGAGGCAUUAACGGACCGCUGGUCGUCCUGGACAAUGUCAAAUUCCCUAGUUUUAAUGAGAUUGUGUCCCUGACAUUACCCGACGGCACUGAGCGCUCCGGUCAAGUGCUGGAGGCCCGAGGCAACAGGGCUGUUGUGCAGGUGUUCGAGGGUACUCCGGGCAUCGAUGUCAAGAAGACUAAAGUCGAAUUCACCGGCCACAGCUUGAAGCUUGGUGUAUCGGAGGACAUGCUGGGUCGUGUCUUUGAUGGCUCAGGACGUGCUAUCGACAAGGGUCCCAAGGUGCUUGCGGAGGACUACCUGGAUAUCAACGGCCAGCCUAUCAAUCCCUACUCUCGGGUCUACCCCGAGGAGAUGAUCUCCACUGGUAUCUCCGCUAUCGACACCAUGAACUCGAUCGCCCGUGGCCAGAAGAUCCCCAUCUUCUCCGCAGCUGGUCUUCCCCACAACGAGAUCGCAGCGAGUAUCGCUCGUCAAGCUAGUUUGGUUAAGCCAACCAAGGGCGUUCAUGACGACCACGAUGACAACUUCUCUAUUGUCUUUGCUGCCAUGGGUGUGAACAUGGAAACUGCUCGUUUCUUCACUCGCGAGUUCGAGGAGAAUGGCAGUAUGGAGCGUACUACUCUCUUCCUCAACUUGGCCAAUGACCCAACCAUCGAACGUAUCAUUACUCCUCGUCUUGCGUUGACAACUGCGGAAUACUACGCUUAUCAACUUGAGAAGCACGUUCUCGUCAUUAUGACUGAUCUUUCAGCAUACUGUGAUGCUUUGCGUGAGGUCUCUGCUGCUCGUGAAGAAGUUCCGGGUCGUCGUGGCUACCCCGGUUACAUGUAUACUGAUUUAUCGACUAUCUAUGAGCGCGCUGGGCGUGUCGAGGGUCGUAACGGUUCCAUCACCCAGAUUCCUAUUUUGACCAUGCCUAACGACGAUAUCACUCACCCCAUUCCUGAUCUCACUGGUUACAUCACUGAGGGCCAAAUCUUCAUUGACCGUCAGCUCGAUAACAAGGGUGUCUACCCACCAAUUAACGUCCUGCCUUCGCUUUCUCGUCUCAUGAAGUCUGCUAUCGGUGAAGGUCACACUCGCAAAGACCACUCAGAUGUGUCUAACCAGCUGUAUGCCAAAUACGCCAUUGGUCGUGAUGCCGCUGCCAUGAAGGCAGUCGUUGGCGAAGAAGCUCUGUCUGCUGAAGACAAGCUUUCUCUGGAGUUCCUUGACAAGUUCGAGCGCACAUUCAUCAGCCAAUCUGCCUAUGAGGCUCGCACCAUCUUCGAGUCUCUGGACAUUGCCUGGAACUUGCUCCGGAUUUACCCCAAGGAACUCCUCAACCGUAUCCCUAAGCGUACUCUCGACGAAUUCUAUGCCCGUUCGGCUCGCAAGCUUCCCAGCAAGGAUACCCGUGACAACUCUGGCGAGCAGCAGAAUACCACCGCACAGCAAAGUAACAACUUGAUUGAUGCGUAA